ACGCGACUUCGCACAGUGCAGCCAUGAAUGUUGUACGUGAAAUCAACAAAAUCAAUGAAAGGGAGCUCGAGAUGGGGGCGACGGGCUCCUGGCACGACGACUACAAAGACUCUGCCUAUAUCUUUAUCGGAGGGUUGCACUCUGACCUGACAGAGGGUGAUGCAAUCACCAUAUUCUCCCAGUACGGAGAGGUCAUGGACGUAAACCUUCCGCGUGACAAGAACACUGGAAAGACCAGAGGAUUUGGAUUUCUCAUGUACGAAGACCAGCGCUCGACAAUCCUCGCGGUGGACAACUUGAACGGCGCAAAGGUUCUGGACAGGACCCUGCGCGUGGACCACGUGAAGAAUUACAAACAGCCGAAGAUGAAGGGAGAGGACGGCGAAUGGCAGGACGGAGAAGAGCAGAGUCUCAAUGCGAAGCCGGAGCUGGUGGUAGAAGGGGGAGACGAAUCCGAGUCAUCUGAAGAUGAUGGGCCUCCCAUCGACCCCGAGGACCCUAUGUAUGAAUACCUAGUUGCCAAACGCAAGGAGGAAAGGGCGGCCAAAAAGUCGAAGAAGGGCAAAUCCAAAUCGAAGGCCAAGCACAAAGAUGAGACUCCAGAGGAGCGGCGAGCUCGGAAGGCACGUAAGAGGCUGCGCAAGGGCAUGGGAAAAUCAGAGGGCGUGAAAGCCGUAAAGGAGCUGCUUGCUUCGUUCCAGGACAGGCAGGGGAGCCGGGAGGAUCGCAUGAACAGCCGCUCUCCUCCCAGGACACCGCCUCGCGAGCGUGAUGAAGACGGCUAUGGACGUCGACAUCCUCCUGCUGGAAGGCGCAGCGUCUCGAGGGACCGGUCACACGUUCGGGACGACCAUGACUCUCGCAGACGAUAUUCUCGUUCACCGCUCCGCAGGGAUAGAGAUGCAGACGACAGACGUGGGAGGGGUCGAUAUGAUGAGAUGGGCCGGACGCCGCCACGAAGACAGCGAGAUUACGACUGAUUGAGUGCGUUAUUACCUAUUUCACAAUGCAUUCUUGUUACGAAGUUCAUGAAUGAGAAAUAUGUAGAGCUCUAGACUCAACGUAUCGUUGCUUCUAUUACCCAAGAACCGUACGUACGGCCUUUGACAUGGACCCUUGACAUGGAAUGAACGGUUCACCUUAUAUCGACUCGGGC